UCCGUGCAUUUCAAUUUACUUUUUUUUUACCACAGUGGGCAAACCGGGAUAAACCACAGCGUGCAAGAUGUUUGGCUGCGGUGGCUGCUGCUGGACACUGGCUGCAGUGGGCGCUGCUGUCCUUGUCGUGGUGAAUUGGCUGUGGAACAAGAUCACGGCGCCAGGGAUCGACGCAAAAGACAAGCACGUGUUCAUCACGGGAGGAACCACGGGCCUGGGGUUGGGCAUCGCCAUCAAGUUUGCCAAGCGUGGUGCACGCGUGACAAUCGUGUCCAGAUCACAGAAGAACGUGGAUACGGGACUGAAGGCGAUCCGUGACGCCGUGCCAUCCGCCAAGGCACAAGGGUUUCCCUGUGAUGUGACAAACGAGAAGCAAAUGAACGAGGCCGUGCAACAAGCGGACGAGCAGUUUGGCCCCGUCAAGUACCUCAUCUGCUCUGCUGGCCUCGCCAAGCCGGGCUACUUCCUGGAGACACCCACCAGCGUUUACCGCCAGCAGAUGGACCUCAACUACUUUGGCUGCCUUCACGCAGCAAAGGCAGCAGUGCCGAGCAUGAAGAAGAGCGGUGGCGGUACGGUGGUGUUUGUCAGCUCGGCUGUCGUGUUUGCAGGCAUGGUUGGCUACUCCCAGUACGCUCCUUCCAAGUACGCCCUUCGUGGCCUCACCGACUGCCUCCGCAACGAACUCCUGCCAUACAACAUUCGCGUUGUUGGGUACUAUCCCUCCAACAUGGACACGCCUGGUUUCGAGGAGGAAACGCGCACAAAGCCCGUUGAGACACAGGAGAUUGAGGGCCAGGCAAGCCUAAUCACCGCAGAUGUUGCAGCUGAACACCUCAUGACAGGCCUGGCCAACGGCAGCUACUCCAUCACCAACGAGCUCAUGACCGAGCUCGCCCGCAUCGGGACCGUGGGCGUUGCGCCGCGGGAGAACUCCAUGUUGGAGCUGCUUGUUAUCCCGCUGCUCGUUCCCAUUGGCAAAAUCUUCGGCCUCAUCAUGGACCACACCGCACGCAAGGGACCUGGCACCUCCAAGAAGACAAAAUGAUUCAAUCCUGUCAUGCCACCUGUGCUUGUGCUUGUGCUGUUGCUGUGUUGCCCUUACCCUCUCUUCUUUCUUCGCUGUGUUGCUUGCCGCAUAUGUCUUCUUCCUGCACCUCCACCACUACCAUGCCAUGCCAUGCUGCGUGCGUGCGUGCGUGCACACCGACUGUCCGAUGCUGAUGAACGCAUGUAUCAAUGAAUGAAAUGAAUGAAAGCGUG